AUGGUCAGAUCGGUGGCUAUAAGGAGACCGUGUUCGAUGAUUCGUACUUGUGGAUUGACGACAUUGAUAGGUAAGCCACCGAUACCGCUCAGUGGAAUGUUGAUGACAAUACCCUUCUGGAGUGUGUCGUUCAGCAAUUUAUUAUUGGUUCCAUCGAUGUAGAUAUCGGCAUCAGCAAGCAAAUCUAACGUCACCAUACCUCCACGUGCUUGACUGAAAAGUAGGGAAGGUGCGCGUAUUGUUCGGAUCACUAUUGCGAUCUUCUGAUUCGGGUAUUUUUCCCGAACAGCUGGUAGGAUAUCACCAAAGCAAAUGCCAAGGUCAGCAAGACUGCUGGCAUCUUGUCGUUUGCCUCGGCCUGUUAUCAUCAUCAUUGCAGCCGAUGCACGUCUAUUUCGCCACGUUCUCAACGUCUUCUUCGACAACCGUCGAAUACGUCGAUCAGAGGAGCCUUCUUCGUCAAGCUAAACAAAAACCGUAACCAUUUUCAUGUUCCGUACACACGAACCUACCUCCACCCAUAUCGAGACCUGCAGCCAGCAUUCUAAUGAAACUCAUUGGAUCAUCAGAGGCUCCAGAAGCAGGUGGGCAUUUAGCGCAUAGGUCGGGACUAGGAGGUACUAGCAUAGCUGGUGGAGCACCAGGAACAGGAGGAGGUGGAGGUGGAGCUGGUCCUGUUCCUGGGCGGUAUGCGCCCACUGCUGUUCCCCGUCCAUAUCGUGACCCCGCGAAUUGAGCUGCUGCUGCUGGUUGAUAACCACCAACUCCACGGCCUGAUCGUACAAUUUGAGCGGCUCCAUUGGGAGGAGGACGAACGACGGGCGCUUGACGCUUGUUUCGGAUAACAGUAUGGCGUACCCCACCACGGGCGUCACCCACCAAAUAGGUAACGGUCCGUUGUUGAGCGGCAGUUGGAGCUGCGUGAAUAGCGUUCCUUCUCGGAAUUUGCUUCAAUGUCAUUGCCUGAUUUGUGUUGUAGAUCCUUUGUUGUUGGAGUCCUCGAGCUUGUGGUCGUGCAUUAUAAGCACCUUGAGGAAUUUGAGGAGCUUGUCCUCCACCUUGUGACACUUGUGACACAGCGGAGUUAGCAGAGGAAGCAGCAGAGGUUGGUGUGGAAGGUAUACGUAAACCUGACUUUCCUUGACAAUAUUGUUGGCAGUAUUGAGCGGAUGGUCCUGCAGGUGGUGCCGAUAGCGCUCCACUGAAUAUACUGAGCAUUUGAGUUACGGCUACUGAUUGUGGUAGUUGAGAAAGACGGCUGUUGAGCCGUUCAUUGAUGAUUGACGGUAACAUGUUGCAUAUUUGGUUUGGAACCAUUUCUCGAACUUGAUUGGAAAUUCGUUCUCUGAACUGCGAGUUGAUAAUGUCACCAAUGAGACCACCAUUUUGUAUACAAGCAUCGGCGUAUCCAAUCUGGAUGUUACAUGAUAGCAUCCUAACAUACGGGCCAUGUGGUCCACGUUCUACAGCCAAAUCCACCAGGAUAGACAUUUGAUGAAGGUUUAUUUGUAAGAUACCAAACAAUGCGAUAGGUAAUAAUAUGACGAUUUGACCUCCGAGAUUACCAGUAAUUCCCACGUCGACAUUAUCCACUUGCAAAAUGAGCCUGUUUGGCGGUGCAGGAUAGAGGAUUACUCGUUGUGGACAGCGAUACCGUGAAACGUAUAGAUUGUAGAUCAUGAUACAUCCUUCUAUCCCGCCUGGAACAGGUGAGGUAAUUGGUGGAAUUCGAGCUCGUUUUAUCUCCUGGUUAAGCAGCUCGGCGAUUAAUCCACUUGCAUAUUGGAAUGUUCGUGGAUUGAGGCGGGCUCGGAUUCCUGGAUAGCCACGAAUCCCCUGUAGAAGUACAGGAUUGAAGUCGGGACCAACUGCUGCUGCUCCACAGGCUCCUCCUGCACAUCUGAAAGCAACGAAUUUCAGAAAUAAAUGA